GCGGGCGCAGCCAGCCGGGCCCGGGAGCGCGACGGCGGCUCCGCCCCUCCGCGUUGGCCCGGGCCGUGCAGCCGCCGGGCGUUAGCAGCCUCACGGAGAGCCGUCCCGGCUCCUGGCGGCGGCGGUUGGGGGCGCGUUCCGGACGCCGUGGGGCAGGGCGCGGGGGGCAGCGCCUCGCUUGGGCUCCGGAGGCUGCGGGGGCCACAGCUCCAGAUGCAGAAGCCAUGGAGUUGAGCUGCAGCAAAGUACCUCUUUAUGGGCAGACGAAGGUCUACGCAAAGUUUGGCAAAAACGUCUAUCUUCCUCAAGAUGCCGAGUUUUACUUUAUUUAUAACGGAUCUCAUCAGAGGCACAUCGUGUUUGCAGAGCGCACUGAGGAUAAUGUUCUCCAGUCCAGCAUUCCAGGCCACAGGCUUCAGGAGACGGUGAUGGUGUCUGUGUGCCUCUGCUCGGAAGGUUACUCCCCAGUGACCAUGGGCUCCGGCUCAGUGACCUACGUGGACAGCAUGGCCUGCAGGCUGGCUCGCCUGCUGGUCACCCAGGCCGACCGCCUCACAGUCGGUAGCCAUCAGACCCUGCUGACCCCGUUUGCCCUGGAGGCAGAAGCUGUGCCUGCCUUGGAUGAGGAGCUGGUGCUGGCUCUGACCCAUCUGGACUUGCCUCCUGGGUGGACUGUCUUGGGAAACUCGUCCCUUGAAGUUUCUUUACACAGAGAGUCUCUUCUACACCUGGCUGUGAGGUGGGAUCUCACUAAGCUCUGCCAGCUCCUCUUGUGUCUCCCUGGGGGCGUCCAGGCCUUGGCUUUGCCUAAUGAAGAGGGUGCCACACCAUUAGACUUGGCUCUACAUGGCGGGCAUACCCAGCUGCUCGAAGACCUCACAAAUUUCCAGGAAAAACGUUCCCCAGGCUUCUCUCGCGUGCAGCUCAGCGAAGAUGCCUUCCUGCAGUAUGUUCACUCCUCAGAAACGCUGACCCUGACGUUUAACCACACAGCUGAGCAUUUAUUGGAGACAGAUAUUAAACUCUUCAGGAAAUACUUUUGGGAUAGAGCCUUUCUCAUCAAGGUUCUUGAAGAACAAGAAGCCAGGACAGAGGAAGGACCAGAUGUGCCUUCUAGUGUUGCAGAAACUGAAGAAGAGAUUAAGAAUUUGGACUCUGGCAGACCACCACCUGAAAAGGAGAAUGUAAAGUGUGUGAAAAGCCUGGUGGCCCAACUAAAUGAACAUGAAGGCCAGGACAGUCUACAUUUGGAUCACUCCUUUGAUGUCUUCAAAAAAUCCAAGCACCCACCAGCAUUCCUUGCUGCAGGCCGGCUUUCUGACAUGCUGAAUGGCGGUGAUGAAGUCUAUGCUAAUUGUAUGGUGAUAGAUCAGGUUGGUGAUUUGGAUGUCAACCAUAUUAAUAUAGAGGGAAUCACUACAAACACCUGUCCUGAAUCCAUGGGUUCUACUCUGGGUUCUCAGAGCUGCAAGCACAUCCUUCCUACUGAAACCAGCCCUGGCAAAGUAAGUGAGAACAAGGAAGUGACAUCAAACCCUGAAGCCCCGCAGACCUUUGCCUCCAAUUUGAAUCUUCCUUUUGGUGUUCAUGGAUUUGAAAAGGAACAAAAUCAGCUAAAGAAAAGAAGUUCUAGCCUGGACGCCCUGGAUGCCGACAGCGAAGGGGAAGGGCUUUCUCGGCAGUCACCCGUUUGUUACACUCCAGUGUCUCAGAGUUCCUCAAGAGCUGGGAUUCCCAGCGGGGAUGAAUUGGACUCUUUUGAGGCUACUACUGAAGCAGAUUUUAGCAUCUCCAGGACUGAGUCACUGUCUUUAUCCAGUAACAUGCAGUCAAAGGAAUCAUUGCUUUCUGGAGUCCGCUCACGUUCUUAUUCCUGCUCAUCACCCAAAAUUUCUUUAGGAAAAACUCGGUUGGUGCGUGAUUUUACAGUGUGCAGUUCAAGUGAAGAGCAAAGAGCUUACAGCUUACCGGAGGCACCAAGAGAAAAAAGAACCCAGGAAGAAGAAUGGGACAAAUACAUCAUACCCGCCAAAUCAGAGUCUGAAAAGUACAAAGUGAGUCGAACUUUCAGUUUCCUCAUGAACAGGAUGACUAGCCCUCGGAAUAAAUCUAAGACAAAAAGCAAAGAUGCCAAAGACAAAGAGAAGCUGAGCCGGCAUCAGUUUGUCCCUGGGACGUUCUCUGGGGUUCUACAGUGUUUGGUUUGUGAUAAGACGCUCCUGGGGAAAGAGUCAUUCCAGUGUUCCAACUGCAGUGCGAAUGUGCAUAAGGGUUGUAAAGAUGCUGCACCUCCAUGUACCAAGAAAUUCCAAGAGAAAUACAACAAGAACAAACCACAGACUGUCCUUGGAAAUUCUUCAUUUAGAGACGCCCCACAGCCCGGGCUCUCCUUGCACCCUUCCUCCUCCAUGCCUAUUGGACUGCCAACCGGGAGGAAAGAAACUGCAGGGCAGGUCCAUCCAUUGUCCAGAAGCGUUCCAGGCACCACGUUGGAAAGCUUCAGGAGGUCGGGGACAUCCUUGGAGUUCGAAAGUGACGGGAACAACUGGAGAAGCCGGUCUCACUCUGAUGAACUGCUACAGUCCAUGGGGUCUUCUCCCUCCACGGAGUCUUUCUUAAUGGAAGACGUGGUGGAUUCAUCUCUGUGGAGUGACCUCAGCAGCGACGCCCAGGGGUUGGAAGCUGAGUCCUGGAGUCUUGUUGUGGACCCCUCGUUUUGUAACAGGCAGGAGAAGAAUGUCAUCAAAAGACAGGAUGUCAUUUUUGAGCUAAUGCAGACAGAGAUGCACCACAUCCAGACCCUGUUCAUCAUGUCUGAGGUCUUCAGGAAAGGGAUGAAGGAGGAGCUGCAGCUUGAUCAUGGCACCGUGGACAAAAUCUUCCCCUGCCUAGAUGAGUUACUUGAAAUCCAUAGGCAUUUCUUUUAUAGUAUGAAGGAGCGAAGGCAGGAAUCGUGUGCUGGAGAUGACAGGAAUUUUAUCAUUAACAGCAUUGGAGAUAUUCUUGUACAACAGUUUUCAGAAGAAAAUGCAAAUAAAAUGAAAAAAAUAUAUGGAGAAUUCUGUAGCCAUCACAAAGAAGCCGUUAGCCUCUUUAAAGAACUCCAGCAGAAUAAAAAGUUUCAGAAUUUUAUUAAGCUCCGAAAUAGUAAUCUUUUGGCUCGACGCCGAGGAAUUCCAGAAUGUAUCCUGCUAGUCACUCAGCGCAUUACAAAGUACCCUGUCUUGGUGGAAAGGAUACUGCAGUACACAAAGGAAAGGACUGAAGAACACAAAGACUUAUGCAAAGCUCUUUGCUUAAUUAAAGACAUGAUUGCAGCAGUAGAUUUAAAAGUCAGUGAAUAUGAGAAAAACCAAAAAUGGCUUGCGAUUCUGAGUAAGAUUGAAAACAAAACAUAUACAAAGCUCAAAAAUGGCCAUGUGUUCAGGAAGCAGACACUGAUCAGUAAAGAAAGGACUUUAUUAUAUGAUGGCCUUGUUUACUGGAAAACUGCUACGGGUCGUUUCAAAGAUAUCCUAGCUCUACUUCUAACUGAUGUGCUGCUCUUUUUACAAGAAAAGGACCAGAAAUACAUCUUUGCAGCAGUUGAUCAGAAGCCAUCAGUUAUUUCCCUUCAGAAACUAAUUGCUCGAGAAGUUGCUAAUGAGGAGAGAGGGAUGUUUCUAAUCAGCGCUUCAUCUGCCGGUCCUGAGAUGUAUGAAAUUCAUACCAACUCCAAGGAGGAACGAAAUAACUGGAUGAGAAGGAUCCAACAGGCAGUAGAAAGUUGCCCAGAAGAAGAAGGGGGAAGGACAAGUGAGUCUGAUGAAGACAGGCGGAAAGCUGAAGCAAGAGUGGCCAAAAUUCAGCAAUGUCAAGAAAUACUCAGUAACCAAGACCAACAAAUUUGUGCAUAUUUGGAGGAGAAGCUGCAUAUUUAUGCUGAACUUGGAGAACUGAGUGGGUUUGAGGAUGUCCACCUAGAGCCCCACCUGCUCAUUAAGCCUGACCCAGGAGAACCUCCCCAAGCAGCCUCAUUAUUGGCAGCAGCGCUGAAAGAGGCUGAGAGCCUGCAGGUUGCAGUGAAGGCCUCACAGAUAGGCGAUGCAAGUCAGUCAUCUGAGGAAGCGUGUGGAGAGUCUGCCUUGACAGAUGUGCUCAGUUCUCAUGACCCGUCAGGAUCUCCUACAGCUUCACUAGUCACAGAAGGGACAGGAGGAAGAGGCUGUUGGGAUGUGGAUCCCGGGAUCCAGGGUGUGGGAACCAACUUGGCGGUCUCUGAUGCAGGGGAGAAGGUGGAAUAUAGAAGUUUUCCAGGUUCUUCACAGUCAGAGAUUAUACAAGCGAUACAGAAUUUAACCCGUCUCCUAUAUAGCCUUCAGGCCGCCUUGACCAUUCAGGAUAGCCACAUGGAGAUCCACAAGUUGCUCCUCCGGCAGCAGGAGAGCCUGCCCCCGCUCCCCUCCUUCCGAGGCAGCCUUUUUCGGGACCAGGAGAGGUGCCGCAACCUGGACAAGCGGCGGGAGGAGCUGGCCAACAUCCACAAGCUCCAGCACCAGUUCCAGCAGGACCAGCGGCGCUGGCACCGCAGGUGCGACCAGCUGCAGCGGGAGCAGGAGGACAAGGCGAGCUGGCUGCAGGAGCGAGAGAGCGCGUGCCAGUCGCAGGAGGAGAUGCUGCUGAGGAGGCGUGGGAAGCUGGCCCAGCAGCUCCAGGAGUACCAGCAGAACCUGGAGCGGCUGAGGGAGGGCCAGCGCCUGGUGGAGAGGCAGAGGGAGAGGAUGCUGGCCCAGCAGAGCCCGCUGUGCGGCCGGAAACACAGCCGGCAGAGUAGCCUUCCGGCGGCGUUUCCUCCAGGAAGCACAGAGGUAAUGGAACUUAAUCAAUCUGAGAGUUUAUGUCGUGAAAAUUCAUUCUUCAUCAAUGAAGCUUUAGUACAGAUGUCACUUAACACUUUCACCAGACCGACUCCAUCAGGUGUCCAUGAGGAUGCUGCUUACCCCCCAAGGCUAUCUAAUUCUGAUUCAGGAAGGACUGGUGAAAAUCGAGCUGACCUCAAGAUGAACGUUUCUCAGUCCAGGGAUGUCAACCAUGAACUGUGGGCAGCCGCUGGGUCCUGUCAUCAGAUACCCCCUCUCCAUCAAAGCAACAAGGAGUCUUGUAAAAAUGAUUUGGACAUCUCUCAGACUGAGUUCUCAUCCCUCCACGACUCAGAUCAACUUGGCCCUCAGCUGCCCAUGUUUACAACAGAAGCAGAGCUAAAUCUACAGACAGUCACCAGACAAGAUGGGGAAAGUGAAGACGGAGCUGAAGAAAACAUUGUUUACCUCUAAUUGUGUUGUCGUUAUUUUCCAAAACAAAACAAAACACUGGCAUUUUGGGGAGAUUUUUUUUUUCCUUUCCCGAUGUGUGUGUGACUAUCCACGUCCAAAUUGCUUUAAGAUAUUUAUAUAUCUUUAAUAUUCCAUGCAAGUUCAUUUUGGGGGCAUGAGUCUAAUAAUUAAAUUAUUGAGCUGCAGCUCUGUUUGUAUAAUCAUUAACUUAUCACACCUAAUUUCAGAUUCUGGAGGAGAAAUCAACUGGAGUAAACAAAUAUUUUCAAAGUUGUACGACUAUAGAGUAAAAGUCCGUAUUGCAUUUUUUGCUGGAUUAUCUGGUUUUCGAAUGCCUUUUAGGAUCUAGAUGACACAAUUUGGAUGGAAGGAGUGAUAUUUGUAAUGGGCAAACGUUCAUGAUCACCCCAGCUGAUUGUAAGCGUGGCCACAGUGCCCCAGAGGGCAGAGAAAGAUGUGGGAAAGGCCUUUUCUUGACCAAUUUUUAACCUGCUAAUUUCUCCUUGGGACAUCAAUGGGGUCACUCCUGAUAGUCCUCUGUCACAGUCACCAUGCUACCAGGGGUCCUGGCUGGGCCUGAGCUUUGACCUGGAAGCCACUCUGACAUGGACACAGUCUGGACUCUGGAACCCGGGCCACUGCUUGGCAGAUGCACUUUCUUGGUCGUAAUGCUUUCAAGCUACAGUUCAGCAUCUUUCAACACAGUCCAGAGGCAACGCUCCAGCAAGUCAAUUUCGAUGUAAAUAUUGAAACUCCAGGAGAGCCCUUGCUUUUCUCUGCCAGCCCUGGGAGCCACAACUACCAUUCACUAGAAGGAUCUCUGCCCUGGACAAAACUGCUCUCUUGGCAAAGUUUGCUGCUUGCUAAGUGUUUUUCCACAAAGGAAAACCAGCACAUUCUGCCUUCAGAGGAGUAUGGGUGCCUGUAUGGGAAAAUAAACCAGGAAAUGUUUUCAGCUUGUUCUUCAGAAA